AUGCAGGACGAGACACUGCAGGACCUCUUGCACUAUGCCGCCAAGCAGGGCGUCCAGCUGACGGGCAUUGCACCUCGCCGGCUGCCCGGCCGUGGUUACGGUAUGGUCGCUGUCCGCGACGUCCUCGAGGGCGAGACCGUGCUAGUCGUGCCCACACGCGCCUUGCGUACGCUGGCGACGGUGCCCAAGGCUAUCUCGCGCACCCUGGACCGCGAUGUGUCGGUGCACGGCAUCCUGGCCGCGCACCUCGUGCUCGACGAGUCGGGCGACUACGCAGCCUGGGACGCUGUCUUGCCGACGCCUGAGGACUUGGAGGCCGGCAUGCCGCUGCUAUGGCCGACAAAACUGCGCGAGCUGCUGCCGACGCCGGCACGCAACGCUCUGCAGCGCCAGCAGACCAAGCUCAAUGCAGACUGGGCGGCCGUCAAGGCGGCGUUUGGAGACGGCGGCGCGGAGGGGAACAAGCAAGAGACGGACCGGGACCGGGACAGGGACAGAGACAGGGACAGGAGCAGUGACAAGGACAAGGACAAAAGGAAAGCCCUCACAAAGAGCGACUACGUCCGCGCGUGGCUGCUGGUCAACUCGCGUACCUUUUACUACACCACCCCGCGCUCCGAGGCGGCCCUGCCCAGCCACGACGACCGCAUCGCCAUGCAGCCCGUGGCCGACCUGUUCAACCACGCCGCCGACCGCGGCUGUCGUGCCGCCUACGCCGCCCAGGGCUUCUCGUUUGUCGCCGACCGCCCGUACAGCGAGGGCGACGAAGUGCCCAUCAGCUACGGCGCCCACGCCAACGACGCCCUGCUCGUCGAGUACGGCUUCGUCCUGGCCGACAACCGCUGGGACGAGGUCGCCCUCGACGCGGUCCUCGUCCCGCGCCUCGCGUCGUCCCCGCACGACGUUGUGCGCGACGACCUGGAGACCGCCGGCUUCUGGGGCAACUACAUGAUUGACGCCGCCACGCCGGGCGGCUGCUACCGCACACAGGUGGCCCUGCGGCGGCUGCUGUGCGGCAACGGUGCGGCCCAGCGGACGGCCUGGCUGCAGUUUGUCGAGGGCGGUGGCGACGAGGAUGAGGACGACGGGGACAAGGGAGACAAAGGACGAGACGAGCGUGAGAAUGUUCUCCUGGAAUGCCUAGACGACAUGGCCGAGUUGGCCCACAAGACGCUGACCAAGAUUGAGCGGCUGGCCAAGGCGAACGUCGGGACCGAGAGCCAGCGGAGCCUGUUGGCACUGCGGUGGCGGCAGGUCGAGGCCAUGGUGGCCCAAGCAGCCACGAAGCUGAGGGAGGGCGAGGAGGCAGGGGUCGUGGAGGAGGAGGGGACGAAACAGAAAGAGGAGACGAGGACGAAGACGAAAACAAAGAAAAAGGAAGGCACAAAGUGA